UCCAAGCCCACUCCUCUCCAGGGGAGGCAGAAAGUCGAGCGCGAAGUUUCUCUGUGGCUUCCGCCUGUCGGCGCCUGCAGGCCGGGCCUCCCCGCCCUCGGCGAACCAUGCCGUCGGCUCCCGGGCUGCUGGGGCUCCUGGCGGCCGUCAUGUCCGUGCUGUCCUCGCUGCUCAUCUUCCAGCUCCGGGCCGGCCGGGCCGAGCCGAAGGAGACGGCCCUUCCCCCGGGGGGCCUCUCCCCCGGGGCCGGCGGGCUGUUGGUCCCCGUCGCGGCGGCGCUGGCGGCGCUCUGCCUGGUGCUCAACGUCGGCUGUCUGCUCCUCACCCUCCUGCGCCUCUCCUGCGGCGCCCAGCUCAGCGGGGCCGAGCAGGGCACCGACAGGGCUGACUGGUUCUCCUUGGACAGCCACCUCUUCCGGCACAUCACCAUCGGCUUCCUCUGCUGCGGGGUCUCGGUGUAUUUUGCAGCUCUGUCCAUCUACAUGCUGCUGCUCUUUGAGAUUGAAACUGGCAUCAUCGGCGCCUGCAUCUCGUCUUCUGGCAUCGUCGUCCUGCUCAUUACCGUGGCCUACGCCCUCGUCAGGGCUUCCCGGGCUGCCCGGGGCGGUCGGCCGGAGCCGGCCCACACCCUCUUCGAGAACGGCUCGGCCCAGCGGGGGGACGUCCCCGCCGGGGGCCUCAGCGAGAGGGCCGCCCGGCGCCGGCCGGAGAUCCACCGUCAGUUCUCCUACCCGCCCUUCCUAGAGCCCCAGCUCCGCCUGGCCUCGCUGGGCGCCGGCGACCCCACCCCCGCAGAAGGCGCCGUUCCCACGGUGCCCCGGGUCCCCGCCGGCCCCGAGCUGCCGCGGACGCCGUCCGCCGAGUCGGGCCCGUUGCAGGCGCAGACCGAGUCCUGGAACGGGGUCACCCGGGAGAUGAGGGAUGUGCUGAGCAGGAAGGCGGGCAGCCCCGGGAAAGACUCCACAUUAGUGUGAGACAAAUCAUCGCAGGAUUAUUCAGCCCGAACGGUUCCAGGGAAUCUGGAACUGAGGGCCUCAGGUUAUGACCGAUUUUCCCUGAGCGGCAGCAAAACCUGGCUCUCCGUGGGGCCCUUUGGCUUCUCACAAAGAGCUCUUGUGUGCGUCUUUCAAAUUUCGCCAGCAGAGGAAGUAGUUGAGCCCGCCACCGUUAGGUGAGAAGAAACCUCUUGUAGCAGCAGUUUGGCAACUGCUCUGCACAUUUUACAGGACUAAGAGAUAUGGAGAAACACAGGAGGAGAAAAAAGGGGGGCGGGGUGGGCACAAAAACAAUCCCGUGAUUCUCAGAGUCGCCUCCCUGUGAGAUGUGGACAUCGUACCUUGUCAGAGAGCCGCCCGCCCCGGCUUCACGGACAAACCCCCAUCAUCUCGCCCUAGAGUGGGUGCAAAAGCUUUGCUGAAGGUUUCACCCCCUGGGCAUCGCUGCCAACCCAUGUGCCCAAAAGCCAAAUGCCAUUUCAGCCGUGUGUCUGAAGGUUGGCAAGAAGGAAGCGGCUCAGUCUGUGGCCAGAGACUGCCGGGGGAGGGAUGAAGGGGGAGGUCAGAAGGUGAAACGGAACACCCUGCCAUCCUGUAACUGAAAUGAUCCCUUUCCCUUUGAGGUGGUCACUGCCUCUGGGAUACUACUACCUUCGGUUUAUUUAGUGGAAACUGAGUUCAGCGGGGUUUAAUCAAUCGAUGGUACUUAUUGAGUGCUUAUCGUGUGCCGAGCACUGUACUGAGCACUUGGGAGAGUCCGCUAGAUUUAGCCACACUCACCCAGUAGCAAAGAGAAGCAUGGCCUAGUAGAAUGAACUUGGGAGUCAAAGGACCUGGGUUCUAAUCUGGGUUCUGCCACUUG